AUGUCAUUGCCUCAGUCAUCAGCAACAGCACAUUCGACAGGACAGGGCUCUAUACCGAUUCAGACUUCUGCAUCAGGUGGGAGUUCAUUGCCGAUGAAUACGCUUCUGAACAUUUCGGUGGUGGAUUCCUAUUCAACAGUAAUAACAGAUCAGUCCACUGGGAUACGGCAACAAUCUAGCCAUCAACAGUCCAAUGUGGGAUCAGGUCUGUUUGGAGAAAGAUCGAGUUAUCUCGGGUCAUAUAGAAGUCCAGGGUUUCAAACUCCAGCCUUUCAGAGCCCGUUGUUUCAGGUUCCUGUGUUCAGUAUCAAGGGCCAAACGAUUCAGGUUCCAAGGAUUACCCCUGAGAUGUUGCAUCAACGAUUUUCAGAAAUAGAGCAUGCUAUGGCUACAUUAGUGGAGCGUUUUGAGGAUGCUUUUCAGAGGCUAAUUGACCAUAAUGCAAACACAAGAAGUGCUGCACUUAGUAGAUCUAUGACGUCAGGAGUUAAUACGGCUACUGGUGUAGCUAGUUCAGACUGCCACCAGUCACCUACAUUUUCUCCUCAAUAUGGUACACUAGUGAUGAUGCUUGGAACGUCAUGGGGGCAACAAUUACCCUAUCAAAGAUUCCAGGCGUCGUGGCUAGUGACUCCAGGAAUGCAACAGGUGGGAAAUGCAACAAAUAAUACUGUUGCAAGGAAUGCGCAAGAGACGAAUCAAUUUCAGUUGCAAAAUGCUGCAUUUCCACAGCAAGUUUUCCCAAUGCAACAUCAACAAGGAUCAGCGGUGGUCCUAUCACAACUGAGUGGACAAGAAGGUGCACCUAGACUAACGUACAUACCACAGAGAACAGCAGAUGUAGGUGUCCAAGGAACUGCAGGUGUAACAAUUAAUCAGGGCCCCGUUGGUACGGGAAACAAUCAAGGUGCUACUAGUGAAAAUGCAAGGCAGGCUGGUCAACACGUACAAGCGACCAAUGACCGCCGCUUUAUAUUAUAUCAUAACCGAGUACCAGGAAAUAAUAUUGCAGCUGCAAAUUUGGAUGAUCCACACAUAUCUCAAGGCUCUGGUGUUGUGGUUGCUGAUCCGCAAAUUGUUCCACCUCAUCAAACAUUUGAAGAGAAUAGAGAGGAACAACAGUGGAUGGAAUACGAAGCAAAUAAGAUUUUGAAUUGA